UGACAACGUCUCUUAAGUCGAGCACCCAUUUAAUUUUAUUUGCCGGUCUCUUCUUCCUUUCUCGCUCACUCCUAAUUCGCAUUCGCAGCCACCACAACACAACAUAUACCAAGAGCACAGCAAAUACCCACACAUAAACAUACACAUUCCUUCCUUCUCUUCUCCAUCUCUUAAUCCUCUCUCUAUCUCUCCCUCUCUGCGUGCUACAAUGGCUCUGUCACUCUGCUCUACGAAAUCCCUCCUUUUCCUCUUUCUAAUUUCAGCCAUCCCCAUCGCCUUUAUCAUCUCUCUCGAGCUAGCCAAACCCGCCACCCAUGUCUUCCACUACCACAGUUCCGGCUUCCUCCGCGAGUCCGCCAAGUGGGACGAUCUCAACCGCCGAUUCAUCGUCUCCUUCAUGGAUAGUGGCGUCGGCGAAAUUCGCGUUCCCGAUGAUUACUCUCAGGAUACUGUUUUACAGGAGGUUACUGUGGUGAAGGAGGCUGACUUGGCCGGGAACUCAACGCUUGGUAUUGUAAUUGACCGGCCAAGGAAUCGGCUGCUUGCGGUGGUCGCCGAUGUGCUGCGGAACAAAUACAAUGCACUCGCGGCUUAUGAUUUGUCCACUUGGGAGCGUCUGUUCUUAACCCAACUUGGUGGCCCAAGUGAUGAAAAAUCCUUUGCAGAUGAUGUUGCAGUUGAUGCAGAAGGUAAUGCAUAUGUCACUGAUGCCAAAGCCAGUAAAAUCUGGAAAGUUGGGAAGGAUGGCCAGUUCCUUUCAAUUAUCAGAAAUCCCCUCUUCAUUGAAAAACAGUGGUACAAAAACUUGAUUGGACUAAAUGGAAUUGUUUACCACCCAAAUGGCUUCUUGAUAGUAAUUCAUACUAUAACUGGAAAUUUAUUCAAGGUUGAUCUAACUAAGGGCGGUGAAGUCAAGUUAAUCAAGGUAGAUGGAGGCUCACUAUUAUUUGGAGAUGGUUUAGAGUUAUUGUCGCCAACUACACUUGUGGUUGCAGGAAAUCCUUCUGGGAGAUUAGUGGAGAGCUCUGAUGAUUGGGAAACUGCUACUCUUGUGGCCAAGUUUGUAGGCCCUGUACACCGGCUGUCUACAGCAGCAACUGUGAAGGAUGGUAAAGCUUAUCUUAGCCAUCUUGUUGGUAUGGGAUACCCAAAGAAGAAACAUGCCAUUGUUGAGGCAGUUUUUUCUGCUUAAAUGAAAACAGGUUAAUAAAUAUUUUUGAAGUUUCAUACAGCAAAAGCUCACCAUUUUUGUGGGUUUUGCACCUUUUAUUGUACCAUUAGAGCAGAAAUUUCAGUUUAUGUUUAUUUUCAUCCUUUAAAAGGUUAAUUGAACUUGACCAUUUUAAUUAAGGUGUUAGUUAACAAUUGUAUUCUCUGCUAUAAGAACUGUGUGAAGCAGUUAUAUAUGCAAUGUUUAUUUAAAGCUCAAAAAGAUUAUUAUUA